ACGCAGGAUACUCCAGAACUCGUUCGAUCUGUCUCCCAAUCCCAGUCCACCCUGUUCUACAGACACAUUCACAAUGGCCGCCGAAAGAACGAACUUUUCCAGCGACCUCGUCUGGCAGAUCACCCGCAACCAGAACUCUUUUCUGGUCAAGCGCAACUCCGGUGGUGGUUCUCAGUUCUCUCGUGACCCCCUGAACCUGCAGAACAAGCACUCCUUCAAGUACGCUGGAUAUGCCAACAACAAGGCCAUCGGUGUCCAGCCCUUUGAGACCAACGGUGUUUCCGUCAUCACCAAGAAGCCCGGCAACCCCCAGCAGCCCGCGAAGAAUGUGGUCACCGUGAACUACGGCGCUGGUGCCUCCAACCGCAAGAUCUACAAGGGUGUUGCCGACAAGAGCGCUAAGAACGGCUACCGCGGCGAUAUCCGCGAAGAUGCCGUUGCCCGCGUGAGUGCCAUCCGCCGCGCACAGAAGGCCAAGAAGGAGACUCCCGCCCGGAAGCCCCGAGGCGCUCAGGCCAAGAAGGCCGCGGAGAAGGAGUCUGAGUAAAUGCCAGACUUCAAUUGAAGCGGGAAUGAUUGGGGGGUUUGGAACGAAAACACGAACAAAACUUGGGAGAUAAGAUCACAAGAUCUGGGCACGCACAGGCCCGUGCUGGGCAAGGGCAGGAAGUGUCCAUGUAAUUUAGCAAUAUUUGCUACCGGGACUACGGCCCGCCCGGCCAACCCUGCAGAGAAUCAAAAAUUCAAAAACCCAAAAAAGGCAAGGGAAAUCCAGACAGAACGAAGGAACGCAAAGCAAAGCAACCAGCGGCGUGCUUUGCCCAUAACUAGUCCACGGGGGAAGCCUUAUCCGACU